AUGGAGUUCCUGUUUAGCAAGUCUCACCAAUUUCCAGCACAUAUUGUGAAGAACUUGAAGGAGAGCAUGGCUGUUUUGGAAAAGCAGGGCAUUUCUGACAAAAAAGCAAAAAAGGCUACAGAAGAAGUUUCCAAAAAUUUGGUGGCCAUGAAAGAAAUUGUGUACGGCACAAAUAAAGAACCUCAGACAGAAGCUGCAGCUCUGCUGGUUCAAGAGCUGUACCACAGUGGACUCCUUAGCACUCUGGUAGCUGAUUUACAGCUCAUUGACUUUGAGGGCAAAAAAGACAUGGCUCACAUUUUCAACAAUAUUCUCAGAAGACAAAUUGGUACAAGAACUCCUGCUGUUGAAUACAUCUGCACCCAUCAAAAUAUUUUGUUCAUGUUAUUGAAAGGGUAUGAAUCUCCAGAAAUAGCUCCUAGUUGUGGAGUGAUGUUAAGAGAGUGCAUCAGACAUGAACCACUUGCAAGAGUCAUUUUAUGGUCGGAACAGUUUUAUGACUUCUUCAGAUACGUUGAAAUGUCAAUACUUGACAUUGCUACAGAUGCUUUUGCUACCUUCAAGGAUUUACUCACAAGACAUAAAUUGCUCAGUGCAGAACUUCUGGAACAGCAUUAUGAUAGAUUUUAGUAUGAGCAGUUACUUCAUUCAGAAAAUUACGUGACACAGCGACAGUCGCUGAAGCUUCUCAGUGAGCUGCUGUUAGAUAGACACAACCUCACGAUUAAGACGAAGUACGUGGGUAAACCUGAGAACCUCAAGUCAAUGAUGAACGUCCUCCGAGACAAGAGACGAAACAUCCAGUUUGAGGCCUUUCACGUGUAGGUGUUUGUGGCCAACCCCAACAAGACCCAGCCCAUCCUAGACAUCCUCCUCAAGAACCAGACCAAACUCAUUGAGUUCCUCAGCAAGUUUCAGAACGACAGGACGGAGGACGAGCCGUUCAAUGACGAGAAGACCUUUUUAGUCAAACACAUCAGGGAUCUGAAGAGACCAGCUCAGCAAGGAGGCAGACUCAGCCGAGCUGACCCGGUUCUUGUCUUCCAACACUGUAAGGCAGGAUUUAGUGUGACAGCGGUCGUUACAGCAGGCGGGACGGUGUCUCCUUGCCAAGCUAGCUCUUGGAGCCUUAAACAGCAAACAGCUUCUCCCUGGGCAAACGAGAAGCAGUCGUAG